GGAAGGAGUACUGAGUAGCUAGGACCUUAAAGGCACUGCGGGACUUUUGAACAGCGGUCCCGGACUGUGAGCUGCAAAAUCGCGACCGUCCCGGGAAAGUGAGAGUAUUGGGCGGUAUGCGCUUUGCCCACGCUGGCUGAGCAGGAAAUCAGGCGCAGUGUUGUGUGCAGCCCGUUAGAAAGGGAGCCUGGACUGCUCCGCUCAGCUGCCUCCAAACAAGCUGCAGACAUGGUGUGCAAGCGCAAGAACACCGAGGGGUCUCAACAACCUCUCACACCUUGCAAGCAGCCUCGCUGCACAUCAGCCGGGGAGGGAAACAUGGAACAGCGAACAGCUGAGGAAGGACGAAUGGCACCAGAUGCAGCUGAGGAAGGACAAAUGGCACCAGAUGCAGCUGAGGAAGGACAAAUGGCACCAUAUGCAGCUGAGGAAGGACAAAUGGCACCAGAUGCAGCUGAGGAAGGACAAAUGCCACAUCCUCAGGAGAAAGAUGAAGGACACAUUGGACACUGUACCACUGAGCCUCAAACAGCUGAGCAGGGACACACCUCUCAUCAUAUGUCCCAGGAGGGGCACUUGGCACAUCAUCCAGCUGAAAAAGGGGACAUGGCACACCCCCAUUGUACAGCUGAACAGGCUAGUUCUUGUGCUGCAGGGGGAAGGCAUGCACUCUCUGGCUGUACUGUAUCUGGGCCAGUGAUGGGCUUUUCUGCUGAGGCAAGGCAGUCUACUCCAGACUGGACUGUAGCAGGGCCGGAGAUCCCCCCUGAUGCUCUGCCAGGGUCCACAGGGCUCAAUGCCGGGGAGACAAGGCAAACCUCUCAUGAAUGUACUAUGACAGAGUCAGAAAUCCCCUUUGCUAAUGAGGAUGAACCCUGCUGUAAUGCUUCAUCUCUUCCUUAUAAAACUCUGUCUGCCAACAGAAAAUAUGCCCCAUAUAAUCUACAAAUACCUUUCCACUCUGAAAAUGAGCCCCAGGCACGCAAGGGGUUAGCGUCUGAGACAUUUGGGCCAUGUGAGCCUCUGCAUGUUAAUCAAUUACCAUCAUCUUUGCUGCUCAAGGUAUAGUGGGACAAAGCGAAAUGACCACAUUGGUACCAGAGGAUGCAGUGUUGUUGUUGCACUAUCUGUUUCUACUUUUGGAGCUCUGUAUUAGAUAAACAUGAAACAAUUUGAACAUCGAAAAAUGAUUAAAGAAUUAAUAAACCAA